CCAAAGAAAACGAAAUUGUAUUGAAGUUUAUUUUAAAUGUGAUUUGUAUAGUAUAUACUGAAUACAAUAUAAAAACUUAAACAUGUUCUCUUUUGGAAUAAUGACGGUGUUGCUCAUGACGAUAGCGUACGUGGUGCACUACGACCUGUUGGGCUUGUUCCCUACGUACUCGCACGGUCAGCAGCACGCGCACACGACGGCCGGCGAACACCAGCAUCGACGCGAGUACGGGCCCAUGGUGGAUUUCGACCACGAGUGGCUACCGAAACCGGGCACGGACCCGAACGUGCACCAGCACCCCGGGCCGAUAGUGCUGCAGAUGGACGACUUGGACGGCAUCGACGACGACGACGACGACGACGACGACGACGACGACUUCUGGUCAGAAGUGACGGACCCGAACGGCGACGAUACAAGUGACCGCGCGGCCUCGCAUGGCGGGUGUUCCGCCGACGACGCCGGCGCGAAGUCCACGGACAACGACACCGACACUUGUCCGGCCCGCGGAUACUCCGGGUUCCCGACCACCGACGUACCGCCGCCGUCGAACGACGACGACGAAGAUCUGAACACAACCGACGGCGACCACGAUUUAGACGCCUACGACGAAUACGACGAUUUCGUCGCCCCCGGAGAAGAACAUGACGCAGAUGUUUUUUGACAUCUACUCCGUCGGACGCUGUCGAAUACGUCCACGGUUAUCCACUCGGGUUGGAGCACGACCGUUGGCAACGUAGGUGAACUAAAAGCGCUAGUAGUGGUUGGCCCGGAAUCGUCCGACUUUUGCAUGUGGGAACCUAUUGAAAAUGUUAGUUUUAACGCUAAUAGUUCGGCCAUGUCGCCAACUGACCAUGUGAUAGUGCUUCGAGCUCCAAACCCGAGUAGAUAACUGUGGUUACGACGAAUUCAACAACUAUUAUGUACAUUUGUCUUUAUUUAUUUUAUUUGUUUUCGUUUUUAUUUUUUUUUUUUUUGUUUUACCCGAGCAAUUAUAAAUGAUACUAGCUGAAUGAUCCGGCGUUAUCAGAAAAAAUAAUUGUGAUUGUUCAACUCGUUUAGUGUGAAACUCGCCGUGUAAGCAAUGUCUGUUUAAGUAUAAAUCACCAGAAAUAACGUUUAAAAUAAAACGUUAUCUAACACAUAAAACUUUUGAAGAAUAAAAAUA